CACCUUGCUCCCCCUGAAGCCCGACCGCCCUUUCUCAUCCCUCCACCGUCCUGCCACCACCACAUCCGCCGCAGCAAGAGCCGCCGCGAAGCCCGUCGGUAGUCUAGCCUUUCUACCGGAUUUCGGCUAAUUCCCUGUCGCCGCGCCUUCCAUUCGCUGGGGGUUGAGUGAAGGUGCUUCGGAGAUCGCCCGCCGAUGCUUUUAGUAACUCCAAGAAAACACGGUGUAGUGUUUUUUACAGCUCGCAGAGGUCGCAGCGGGAUUUGUUCUUCCCCGUUGUGUGGCUUGGAGAGAGGGGAAAGAUGGCGGCGAUUAUAACUGGGCACACUGUAGCGGAUCUCGUGCGCAGCAAGUUCGGCCUUGUCGAAUUCCCGGAAACCGCGACUGUCGGCGAGGCAAUCGACGCUCUGUUGCGAGAGGAUCUGGUAGCGGCUCCUAUAUAUUCCACCGUGCCCCUUAUUGCUGCGGCGCUUGGCUCGCCCGCUCGCCCCAUACUCGCCCUGCCUGACGACUCUGACGCGCUUUCUCUUACUGCAGCGGCUUAUAAGGCGUAUAUAGGGACUGUGACUGUGGCGGAUCUGCUGUUGCACGAGAGCGGGGGAGAGGGGGGAGGAGAGAGGGAAGGGGACGUGGGAGGAGGACAUGUGCGCGUUGAAGACGCCAGUGGGGCAGCUGGUGCGGGCGAGUGAGGAAGGGCUGUCGCUGCUGCUCACGGAUCUCCAUGCCUC